GCAGCGCAGUGCGGCGCGGCACGGCGGCGGUUGCGGUAGCGUCCGGAUCGGGAGAGUGAUUUUUGUGAUCGCUGCUCUCGUCAAUGACACGCGCGGAAUGCGCUGAGCGAGCGCGCGAUCCCACGCUACGCUAUACGCGCCGACAUUGUUACGCGUAUACGUGCUACGCCUCGCGCAGCGCUGCGCUGGCCUUUAAAAAAACCGAAGUGCCGAAGGAUUCGCCCGGACGGGCGUGCGUGAGGUGCUGCGACGGCGCGUUUUGAAUGUGGCGCAGGGCAAACGGCGGGCCUCGUGAGGAGCAACGUUAGUUUCGUCACCCCCGCGUAUAACGGAUAAUCGAAUCUGUGUUUGUGACUCGGAAGCCUGUUGCUUCGCCAAGUUUUCGCUGUUAUCCUCGAGCAGACCUCUCUUUCACCGGGAAAAAGCGUAGUUCUCGAUUCUGUGUACUUAAAAUUGUCAGGAUACGUUCACUUUUAACGGCAUUUUAGAGAGAAAGAGCGUAUAAUUUUUGUUUCGCCGAGUAUAAAGUAAGAAAUUCUGAAAAUGAUCGAAUAACGCGUAAACGCGUAUAAAUCGCAUUGCUCAUUUAAUCUCUAUCACGGAAAUCGACAAUUUCAUCGGGAGGAAAACAAUUUUAUACGCGUGAAAGAUCAAGAAAAUGUAAUUUUUACCUUUCGACGUAUUUUUUAUCGGGUAACAGCGAUCUGAUCGAGAACAUAAUAUUUUGUUUACAGGAGGGCUGAAGGGUGCAUUGGUACAAGUGAAAUAAAAAAGACUGCCAGACAUUCCAAAUGGGUGAUAAAAGCCCAUUAUGGCCCAGUGUCAUCAGUCGCAACAUCAGCACGAAUUUCUGCCUCUGUGCGAUGUACUGUUCAACAUUAUCUCAUUAGCGUCAUACUUCUGCGAUGUUGUGUUCGAUUUCGCGAUGGUCUACGCCCUUGCCCAUCAAGCAAUAGCACCGCCCGUAUUGUUUCCACUCAGCAUCACUCUCAUAGCCACUUCUCUGCUGAUUUCUCAAAUCAUUAGUUUAAGAUGGUAUCUCUGGGGAGCUAGAGGCAAAUUGACAAACAACAACGUGCCGGACGAGUGCGAUGCGAGUCCAGUUAAGAAAACAGGCAACUGGAUGGUAGGCUGUGUUCUGCUGCUCCAUUCUACCCAAGUCGGUGUACUAUGGAGAUACUUCAAGUUAUUUAUCCCAGUAAACUUAACUUAUGUAAAGCACGAGGUACGGGAGCUCUGCGUAUUACGACUGAUACACGCGUUCUGUGAGGCCGCACCGAUGCUACUUCUGCAGCUGUAUCUCCUGUCCAUCGGCGUCACCGAUGACGGUGAGACAGAAGCCGGGAAACCAAAGGAUAGCGACGGCAAAGACAGCAGUAAAUUAGCCAAGCUGACCGCGGUGUCGGCGGGACUCUCCUUGUGGAGCGUGUGUUGGGCAGUGGCUAGUUUCAGUAAGGGUGCCGCGCGUCUGCGAAACCUAGAACGCUUAGUGCUGACAUGGUUGGGAGUGCUGGCGCAGUUAGCCUGGCGUCUGGGGACAGUGAGUGCUCGUGUCGGAGCGUUGGUCGUGUACGCUUCGCUGUAUGGCGGACAGUGGCUGCUGAUCGUCAUGGCCCUGCACUGGCUGUCCAUGCUGACAUGGUUGCUGCUGACUCCAGACGGGCUCUUUCACGGUGGCGAGCGUCUUCCUCUGAUCAGGAAGACAUUCCUCGCUUCCUUGCUCGCUUUUGUAUAUAUAUUCGCGUAUGUUAAUCUACACGAGACGAAUCAUCGUCAGAAAAUGGUAAUAUUUUACACCGUGAUGUUUCUGGAGAAUAGUCUGCUCAUCGGGGUAUGGGUGGCGGGUGUUAAUCGUACUGAUCUGAUGCCUCAUCAGCAUCAUCCACAUCCGGUUACUCUGGUGCUUAUUCUCCUGGCUCUAUUCUUUGGUGGUAUGUUCUUCAUGGGUCUUUACUACAGAUUUUUUCACGUGAGAAGACUGAGGUACGAAGCUGGUGGAAGGAUGACUGGUUCGAAUCUUACGACAUUAUCAAAUCAGGAUAAUUCGGAAGAAAAACAGAUAGAUUAUAAUGAGGAGAAAAAGGUCAAUAUUAGCAUCGGCAUGAGGAAAGUCAAGUUGAGCAAUGGUGGUAUACCGGGCGUGUUCAACUGCCGUUUCGCGAAUCCAACGGCCGUAAAUCCGAAUCGCAAGAAGAAGAAGCCGACGACGUUCGUGCCCCCGCCGCCGCCGCAGUCGCAAUCGGGCACGGUGAUGAGUUCCGUUACAACGGUAGGAGAUUCGAAGCAAUGGCUCAACGUCGGUAAUGGCUCGCGGCAAUUGAUUCCAUUCUGGAAGAAGCCCAUAUCCUCUUCCAAUGUAGCACAGAACGAUAACUCCAACGAGCGAAAGGAUGAGGCCGACAUGGCGGUCGGAGGCUCGUUGAACGUCACGUUAAUACGGGAAAAAUUAAAAGAAAAGAAACAGCAGCAGCUGCGCGAAUUACGGGCCAUCCAGGAAGAAAUCAAGGAAGGUAAAUUAUUCCCACCUCCAUCCGCUAACACAUCCUCCUUCUCGACCUCACCCUCCGCCUCUAAUCAGCAACCACCGCCAAAUACAAAGUUGCAUACAUCCCCGAAUUCACCGUUAUUCACGUCCCCGCCAUCCUUCGAGCAAAACGGUGGUGGCAUCUUAUCGUCCUGGCCACCCGUGAAAAUGCACUGUCUCCUACCCCCUCCACCGUCCUCCCCAUAUUACCAUAAUCCGCAUCCCUCGAACCCUUGGAGGGCGGCUCCACAGAGAGAGCGAGCGGACACGCCGGAGAUAUUACUGGCGCCGCGAUGCCUUCCGCAUCAUUAUUCUCACUGGUCUCCGCCCGGACAUCUUAGUCACAGGCUGCACACAAAUCAAAACGGCGCCGACGAGAGCUCCAAGGGCGAGGGCGAGGGAGAAGCGGAAAUUAGCGACAUGGAAGGUAGUCAGGUGUCGUUACCUAGGAGUUACACGCUUCCCCGGGAGUUCAAGUAUAAUCAUCCGAAUAAUGCCGCGAGAGAACGAGAACGUCGCAUUGGAAAUAACAAGGUGCCGCCGUCGCGCUUCUAUUUACCGUCUACCAAUAGUUCCGAUGGCGACGUGGACAGCGCUGAUAACGAGGACGAAACGGACUCUGAAGCGCAAAUUCGAAUGAAGAUCAAUCACGGGCACAACCAUGACGAAGCCGUGCAAAGACGUCAUGUGUACGAGAACAACGAGGAGAACAACACCGCCGGCUGCAAUACGCAGUGCGGCACGUCCAAUGUCAUGACCAACAAUUGUUAUCCAAAUAAUUCGCACGGUGCCUUACGACCGAAUCAGUUAUUUAGAACCCGAGUGAAGCACGAAACGAAACUCUGAGCUGCGUCGUAAUUCGCAGCUAAGUGGAUCUUUCCGACGCUACACUCGUAUUCGGUGCCUCACACGGGACUUUCCUUCAGGAACUAAUCCGUCCGCUCGAAUUUUAACGGCACGUAGCCGUUGACGUUGCAAAAUAAGUAUACUUAACAUGGUGUACUUUUAAUCGUAUUAUAUAUAAUACGCCGACAUAUAUUGGCAUAUAUAUUUUUCCUUCCUUUGCAAGAGAUCACAAUGCGUGUUACUCUUGCAAUACGUUAGAAUUUCGUUUCGUAAAAUUUCAUCAUGGCAUAUUCCGCAUGUGGGACUGUGAAAACGCGGAAUCACGAUGAAUAGAAUGUCUUUAGCUGCAUCUUAAGGAAGGACAGAUAGAUAGAGUGGACAAAUCAAGUGUCUUAAUUAAAAUUAUAUAAUGUCGCGAAUAUUUUAUACAUAAAGUUACCUGAAUAUACCAGAAACCGAGAAUCGCGUACACUCCAUCACUCGUACUCACAAAUGACAUGCGUAAUAGAUAAAUUAGUAAUAAUAACUAAUUUAAGGUAUUUUAUGCUAUUUAAAGAGAUAUAUUCAUAUUUUGUUAUACGUUUGUAAAUAUACAAUCUUACAGAUGA